AUGCCACAAGGUGGACGGGGUCCCAUGGUGCUGCUAAAGCAGCAGCGGUUGCCCGCAUGGCAGCCCAUCCUUACGCCUCCACAUGUUGCGCUAGCUUUUUUCCUGCUGAGCAUAUUAUUUAUCCCUUUAGGGGUUUUCGUGACGCUAAUGAACAAACAGGCGAAGGAGGUUACCGUUCGUUAUGAUCAUAUUCAUCGCUGCACAAUUACACAUAACACAGGCGCCUUUAUAUAUGAAGGCAACAAUAUGACGUUUAAAACUGGAUGUAUGACGGAAGUUUCUUUUGAUAUCACGGAGAAACUUAAGGCCCCCGUAUAUCUUUAUUAUGAAUUAACAAGAUUUUAUCAAAAUCACAGGCGGUAUUCAAUCUCGCGAAACGAUGAACAAUUGGCCGGUAAAGCCGUGAGAUAUUUGCCAGACACGUCACCUCUUGCCAUACCAGGGGAUAUUUAUGGAAUCUCUGGGACUCCCAUCAAAUACGUGGAUGGUUCGGAUUUGCGUUACAAGGAUUUUUUGUACGUUCCAGCCGGCCUCAUUGCCUGGUCCAUUUUCAAUGACACGUUUACUCUUUACACAGAGGCGACGAAUGGUGGAACUUCACGAAAACUCAUAUGCAACGCGACGGAUUUUUCGAAAGGGAACAAUCUUCCUCUUAAUGGCUCGGAGUCAAAAAAUAUGUGCGUCAAGAAGGGGAUUGCUUGGGAUACGGACGUGGAAUAUAAGUUUAAGGCCCCGGAUUUAGAGGCGAAAAAUCGUUUCUGGACGGCGGCAAAAGAAUUGUACACGGGGAAGGUGCCUACUCCAGAACUAUCAAAUGAUGACUUUUUCAACAAGGGGUGGUACGCGGGUGAACUGGGUCACGCCAUUCCCGUGACAACCGAUGAGGAUUUUAUGGUUUGGAUGCGUCCUGCAUCGCUUCCGAGCUUCCGCAAGCUGCAUCGUGUCAUCAACGUUGACCUUCCGCCAGGGAAGUACGUAAUGGUGAUUGGGGAGCACUUUGACGUCUCAUCAUUUGGUGGCACAAAAUCCUUUGCGCUGGCCACGCUCUCUUUCUUGGGAGGGAAGAACGUAUGGCUUGAGGCAUUAUAUUUCUCACUUGGUGGAUUUUCUGUGGUGUUUGCUGUUGUGUUGCUUUUGGUUCAUCGUUUUUCUGGAGACCGUGCCUCGAAGGCCAUUGAUGAAUUGAUUCAAAAGUGA